UGUGCAUGUGUGUGCAUGUGUGUGUGUGUGUGCGAAAACAUUUCUCUCGUGAGAAAUAAAUUUGUGUUAUGAUUGGUGCCAAUGACCGCAAUGAACAUCCGGAUAAUAGAGCGACGGAAGUAGAAAAGUUGCGGAAAGGCAAAGCGAUUUAGCGAAAACACGCUGCUGUAAAAGUAUUCAAAGACACGAACGGGCCAGUAUUUAUGCCAGUAUGCCAAUCCAAUGCCAGUAGAGCAGAGCCAGUGUCUAUAGAGCGUGUAACGAAGAGUCGCCGGGCCAAUCCACAUCAGUGAACUCUCCUUACCCACAAAUACAUAAUCGCACACGGGCAGAGCAAUGCGAACGCAGCAAUAAAAAGGCAAAGAAGCGCGCUUGCGACGAUAAAAAGCGAAGCCGAUUAGGUUGAGGCGUAGGCCACCACCAUCGUGCGAACGUAAGCCACGGAGUUUCAGCGCGAGGAGUCGAGCAGCGGCGCGAGGAGGCGGUGGCUAGAAACGACGCUGACUUACAUCAGGAGCGCCAACCUGCAAUCAAGGUUCAUGGUUUUCAUGGAGGAGAGCGAGCUCUCGAGCAAGCGGUGGGCAAGUGCGCCCCGCCGCUCGAACAGCCCCUGCAUCCUGGGGACUCCAACGUCUAGGGAGGCGGCAGGACCGCCGGUGCAACUCGAGCCCGUGGAUCUGUCGUUGAAGACGCCAGUGGUGCUCCAGGUGCCACGCUACAGUCCCGCGGCCCUCAUAGCCGCCGCAGCUGCUGCCGCCGCCCGGAAGGUGCCCUCGCCGUCCACCGCGACCCCUAACACGAUUACGACAUCGAGGACGACGCUCGGGAGACCAGCGCAGGCUCUACAGCCAUCCAUUUGCCUAUCUACAGCUUCACGAGGAUACGUCAAGGGCAAAACUACCACUAUGAAUGAUCUAGAGGGUUGGAACGUUUUAAGGUUGUCGAGAGAGACUAGGCUACUGCUGAAACGUGGCCAUUAA